AUCUCAGCACAUUCGUGAAACUGCUUGUAGCGAUGGUUCCAUCUUCUUACUUCGAGGCGACAGUUGGCCCAACUGGCUGAUUUGAGGACGUAAACAAGUUCAUAUAUGCGUGAUCACGUCAGGUAAGAUUAUCAGAAUGGACAGGCAACAGUAAAUUCUGCCAAUACCGGGAUGUUCAAAACAAGAAAACAAGAAAGUGAGGACCAAGACGAGGAGGAGGAGGAAGAGGAAGAAGAAGCGGUUGACAGCAGAGGAAACGCUCUCACGGGCGCUUUUUCUUUCCUCUUCGAUUUUAUGUCAGGAUUUCUCCAAACUUUGGGCUGUUUUAGAAGAGUCGAGAUGCUGAAUGUCCCAUCUCAAUCCUUCCCCGCCGUGGGCUCCCAACAACGUGUGGCGCCAUCAGGACAGUCUCGGAACAAGGUGGCCUUGAAGCCAGGCCACAGUCUGAUGGACUGGAUCAGGGUGACCAAAAGUGGGCGUGACAUGACAGGGCUAAGGGGCCGUCUCAUUGAUGUCACAGAGGAGGAGUUAAAAAAACACAACACAAGGACGGACUGCUGGACCUGUAUCAGAGGUAUGGUGUAUAAUGUCACAGCGUACAUGGACUUCCAUCCCGGAGGUGAGGACGAGCUCAUGCGGGCAGCGGGUAUCGAUGGCACUGAACUGUUUGACCAGGUGCACCGCUGGGUAAACUAUGAGUCCAUGCUGAAGGAGUGCCUGGUGGGCAGAAUGGCCACCAAGGUCAGCACUGUAAUCAAAGCUCAGUCCAUGAAGGAGAGGGAGAAGGCACAAGUGAAUGGUCUGGCUCCACCACCUCCUCCUUCUCCCGCGUUACUGGAGCCGCCUGCUGCACCUCCUCCACCUCCUCCACCCAAAGACACACGACCUCGCUAUGACUGGUUCCAGACAGACGCCACCGUUAAUAUCGUUGUGUACACCAAGAGGAAGAUUCCUGCGUCGGGCUGUGCAGUUGUAGACCUUAGGGAUGGUGCUCUACGGAUUGAGGUCGUUCUGGGGAAGCUGUCUUAUCUCCUUCACUGGCGUCUUGUGCAGGAAGUGGAGGAGCGUAUUGGCAUUCACACAGCUAGUGCGGUGGGGAAGAUUCAGCUGGUUUUGUGGAAGAAGGCCAAGGCUAAGUGGUCAGAGCUGGGGGAUCAGCUGGAUACCCAUAACACCUUUGAGCGCAGCAAAGACCGCGAGAUCUACUACCGGCAGUGUGUGCUGGUGUCCAAGACGGACGUCACGCACGACACCAAGCUCAUCUGUUUACAGCUGCCUCCUGGGACACACAUGCACGUGCCCGUGGGCAGACACGUCUACCUCAGAGCCUCGGUCCAAGACAGUGAGGUGGUGAAGCCCUACACUCCAGUAGAACACACACUGCUGCCUGAGUCUCCACCCACUGAGGAAGACGAGGCUUCCAGGCUCUUCAUCAUGCUCAAAGUGUAUCCAAACGGUGUUCUCAGCCCUCAUAUCGACAGGCUAAAUAUAGGUGACUCCCUGUCCGUGAGCAGCCCCGAGGGUCCCUUUAGUCUGCGCCUCCUGCGGGACAUCACACACCUGUACCUGUUGGCGGCAGGUACGGGCUUCACGCCCAUGGCUCGUCUCAUCCACACCGGCCAGGCCGACGUGCCCACACUCAGGAAAACCAGACUGAUGUUCUUCAACCGUCAAGAGAGGGACAUCCUGUGGCACUCAACACUGGACCAGCUGGCUUCCAAAGAUGACAGGUUUGAAGUGGACUAUGUGCUCUCUGAGCCCUCUGAAUCGUGGACAGGGCGGAGGGGGCGUGUUGAGGCCUCCAUGCUCACAGACUUCCUGGUUCGGCCCGAGGGCUCCAAAUGCCUGGUGUGUGUAUGCGGACCCAUAGCAUUUACUGAGCUAGCGGUGGGGUUGGUGAAAGACCAGGGCUUCAUUGAUGAAGAAAUUCAUGCCUUCCAGGGCUGAGCCAUUAUCUUUGCACAUCCUUGUGUGUGUGUGAGAGAGAGAGAGAGAGAGAAGAAAAAGAAGAAAAGAUUCGAGGAAAUGAAUGAUGAAUGAUAUUCUAUAGCGUGUGGGUGACUUCUGGACUAUGCAUAAAGCAGACAAAUGAAAAUGGACUUUCUCCCCCAUGGAGCAUCUCUUGUUUCACCCUGCCUAUGUCUGAAUCACAGACUUCUGCAGCCCAGAUCUCCAGAGCACCUACCAGACAGCCAGCGUGUUUGUGUGCGUGUGUGUGUGUGUCCAGCUCUCUGCCUCCCCCAUGACCUGUGCACACCUCCUGCUAAGGGUUCAUAAGUUAUUCAUUCAUGUAUUACUGAUUUUUUGUUUAUUAUUGUAUUUUAUUUCAACCUAGGGCAGACUUCUUGACUUCUGUACGGAUGUCUGCCUUUGUCACGCUUCCGUAAUUUGUGGAUUGUGUCACACUGCCUCAUCGUGUGUGUGUGUGUGUGUGUGUGUGUGUGUGUGUGCGCGUGUGCGUGUGUGUGUGCGUGUGCACACCUCCCAGGUAGCCCUUUCAGAGAUGUAGAGAGCAGAGGAAGGGGGAAGGGGAGAUGUGAUGGGAAGCUUUUUCCCCCCUCCCCUUUCUGUCCUUUUUUCUUCCAACCUGCUGAUGUCAGAGGAGGCUGUUGAUUUUUAUUCCCCUCCUGCGCCUGCAGAAGGAAUGCAAAUGAGACAUGUAGCUAACACACACUUUCACACACACACACACUUUUACACACACACACAUUAAACUCCCCCCCCACACUUCUAGGUUGUUUCUUUCUUUUUUUUCUUUAAAUACCUUCAAGGUUUCUGCAUUGUCUGCUGUUCUGGUUUACCUUUGACAGACAGUCAGAAAGAACAGCUGUUUCUAUCUGGAGAGCGAGCGGGAUAUGGGAAAGGAGGCAGAAGCCCUAUUUUAUUUUAUUCAGAGAUGGUCUGCCAGGCUUCCGUUUGCUGUGUGCAAAGCCAGAGUGCACUCUGGAUAGGGCCUUCAGUCCGCAGAUCUCUGCUUCUCAAAGGGCCUAAUGCAUCUCUUUUUGUAAGGUCUGCUUCCUGCUGUGUCUGCUAUUUACUCUUACCGCUGAAUGCACACGGGUCCCAUCAUGGAGACCCACAGGACAAAGAGCAGGAGCCAGGUGGGGGCUGGAGGAGCGACAGGAAUAUGAGCAGAGUUAAACACUUCAGAAAAUGCUCUGGCGUCAGCAAUAGAGACCACGAGUUUGAAGAAGAGCUAACUGCACCUGUAAAACUCUAUGAGAACUAGACUGUUACUGCCAAAGGCUGAUUUCAGCCUAGGGGAAGAAGAAACAAAUCCAUCUGUAUCUGAUCUGGUGCGCCUGUGGCAGUCUGCCAGCUGAAUACCUGUCUAAUCUUAGCAACAACUUUUAUAACCGUGGCAAUUAUCUAGUCCUGCUGUUUUGACUGCAAAUCCUGAAUGCACAGGGCUGUCUGUGCAAUGAGGAAAUAGUGGAGGACAGAAGAUUGAUCUUAAAAAAAUUAAGUACUUUUGUGCCAGUCUGAUAAUCUAAUGGUUCGUUUUAUUUUCUGUGCACAGUGUUUUGUGCACACAUAUGAAUAUCCAGUACCAGUGUUCGUACUGUUUGUUUUACAAAAAAUAAAUUAAAUUAUGCUAUAGCAAUCCCAA